AUCUCCAAAUUACAAAACAGAUACGAUAACGAAACAAGGCGAUAGUAUGUUGUUUGGUUCAUCCCCUGCCUACAUUAAGAAGCGUGACUCCGGCCAGUGAAGAUGGUUAUCCGUAAGCUGUACGUUCCGCCAGCGAUUGUAGGAAACGGGAAUGGCCAUCCCCCUGCCGCCGUUGUCGCUGCCGUUCCAGAGGUUAAAACUGCUGAUCCGGAGGAAAUAACUGCUUAUGCGGUUGUCGAAGAGCAGCAGAUAGAAGAGCGGAAGACAGAGGCGCAGGAGAUAGAAGAGCAAGAGAUAGUGGAGCAAGAGAUAGUGGAGCAAGAGACAGUAGAGCAGGAGUUAGCAGAGCAAUCAACUUUCGCAGCGGCGCCAACCACAGAGCAAGAAGAACAAUCUCGUGAAACAAGUGAUGAUGUAAUAGUGCAGAUAAAAGCGGGCAAGAUUGCGGGAGCUAAAGAGCAGUUACCGAAUGGAGGUGACCUCUAUCGUUUUAGCGGUAUUCCUUAUGCAAAGGCGCCUGUGGGUGAGCUUCGGUUCAAACCGCCAGUAGCCCUGGAAAAACUGGACGAUGAACUGACUGACUGUCGCAACGAAAGAAACAACUGUCUGAGUAUAAGCUACUACCCACCGGAGGAAGCGGCGACCGCAUCCGAAGAUUGCUUGUUUCUCAAUGUUUACACCCCUAAACUGUCGGAAGACCAGGCUGCCGCCGGACUUCCGGUAAUGGUUUUCGUUCAUGGAGGAGGUUUCGGUGCUGGAAGCGGCAAUGCUGCGUUCUACUAUCCUAACCUUCUGGUUCAGGAAGGUGUCGUAGUUGUGACCAUGAACUACCGUCUGGGUCCGUUAGGGUUCCUAUACAUGCCGGAAAUCGGCAUCUACGGAAAUAUGGGCAUGAAAGAUCAACGUUUGGCCCUGGCUUGGGUUCAGGAUAAUAUUGCCAAUUUCGGUGGGGAUCCCGGCAAUGUGACGCUUUUCGGUGAAAGUGCUGGAGGGGCGGCGGUUCAUCUGCAUUACAUUUCCCGGGAGUCCAGAAAAUACUUCCACAAAGCCAUCUGCAUGUCUGGCGUUUCGUACAAUCCGUGGGUUUUGCAAACUGACGGUGCAGAAAAAGCGAGGGGUUUGGCAGCGCUGCUCGGUGCCGAUUCAACCAAGAAUGAGGAGGUUUAUAAUACCCUGAUGAACGCUAGCGCCAAAGACUUGGUCGCAAACUCGCCGAAGCUCCUGACCGAAGAUGAGCAACGUACCGAUAUGUUCUACGCAUUUACCCCGGUGGUUGAGCCGGCUGAUUCGGUGGAACCAUUUUUGGUGGACAACUUCAUCAGUGCCACCAUGGACUCGUCCCUCAAUGGUUUACCGCUGAUGAGUGGGAUCACCAGUAACGAGGGACUUCUGCUUGCUACCUCAGCACUAGCUAGAAUCCAUGAGUAUCGCUCCGAUCCUACGAAGUUCGUUCCCCGGGAGCUAACACUGACUCCAGAACAGCUAGCGGAAGUCGGAGACGAAAUUCGAAACCACUUUUUUGUGGAUGGGCAAAUAAAUGAGGAACAAAUAUCCGCGGUUACAGAUAUCAUUUCCGAUAACAUGUUUGUAACGGCUGCUUACGUCGCUGGUGAACUUCAUGCGCGUUAUCAGCCCGAAACGCCGCAUUACUUCUACGUAUUUGCGUUUGAAGAUGAACUGAACAAGUUCAAAAAUGUAUUUCAGGUUCCUGCAGAUUCGAAAGGUGCAUGUCAUGGAGACGAUUUAACAUACAUUUUCAAUUCGGCAGCUUUGAAAACGGAAGUCCCACCAGAUUCGCGAGCCAAUCGCUUCCGCGAGACCAUGUGUAAGCUGUGGACCAACUUUGCGAAAUACAGUAAUCCAACUCCCCCGGAGGGAGGUAUCGAUUUCGUGUGGGAACCGGUGAAGCCCGUGAGUGAUUCGAAAUUCAUCUUGAACGGAGCCCAAUUGGACGAGGAGCUGAAGAUGAUCGAAAAUCCUUUCCUGGAUCGGGUCCAGUUCUGGAGGGAGCUGUAUGAAAAAUACUACGGUGGUUAUCUGGUGCCUAAAGCUUGAGAACAUAAAAAAAUGUGCUGGUACCUUGCUGUUAAUAAACCAAAUCAAUCCAACAAAUAAGGAUAUUUUUAAAAAUUGUACUUUGAAACGUUUGUAAAAUGUUGUUAAAAUGAUUACAAGCAAAGA